CAUGCACGGCGGCAGGAUGGCGAGUGCCGGCGGCGCCACCUCCAUUCUGGUCCUCGCGCCCGCAGCUGCGGUCACCUCUUCAUGCCCCUCCACGCUCUUCUUCAAGUCCGGGAAGAAGAAGAAGAAGAAGAGCGCCGCCGCCACCGGGGCGUGCCACGGCCGCCGGCGCCGCGCCACGCCGUGCAGGGCGACGACCAGCGGCAGGGGCGAGGGCGACAGCGACGGGCUCCUCUGGCUCCCGCGGCGCGACCUGCUCGCCGGCCUGACCGGCGUCGCCGCGUUCCCAGGCCUCGCCCUCGCCGACGUCCCCAAGGUGUACGAGGGCUGCGGCGCCGGAGAGUCGCUGGUCACGGACGACCUCCUCGGGUGCGACACCAUUGGCGGCCCCCCGUGCCCGCCGCCCGCCAAAGCGGGCAUCCAGACUGUGAACUUCUACGAACUGCCGCCGCCCAAGAAGGUGCGCGUGCGGCGGCCGGCGCACGAGCUGGGACCCGACGAGGUCCGCAGGUACCGGAACGCCCUCGCCGAGAUGAAGGAGCGCAAUGUGUCCGACCCCAGCAGCUUCGCGGCGCAGGCGGCGAUCCACGAGGCCUACUGCGACGGGCACUACCACAUCGACCCGACGGAGAGGAACCGGGCGUUCGACGUGCACUUCUCGUGGCUCUUCGCGCCGUGGCACCGCAUGUACAUCUACUUCUACGAGCGCAUGGUCAACCACUACAUGGAACGCGACGGCAGCGGCGGCGGCUUCGCGCUGCCGUACUGGAACUGGGACGCGCCGGCCGGCAUGGCGAUCCCGGCCAUGUUCAAGGAAAAGAACUCCGCUCUGAACGACAACUACCGCAACCCGGAUCACCUCGACGCCAUGGUCGACCUCGACUACCUCAGCCGCAUACAGAAGCCGCCGGUCAAGUUUACGUCUCAGCCACAAGAUCCCGAAAUGUACAAGGAUAUUCUUGAUAGCAACCUCAGCACCGUAUACAAUCAGAUGAUCCGGACCGGCAAGGGCGCGCGGUGUUUCCUCGGCGACAAGUUCUGCUCCGAGGCCAGCUUCACGAUAAACGAGAUCAACGAGCGUUCGGGCAGGAGAAGGAACGGGAACCAGAAGCUCCUGCGAGGGACCACCUCCGGCUCGCUGGAGCGGAUGGCGCACACCGCCGUGCACGUCUGGACGGGCAACCCGGGGAGCUCCGCGGUGGGGCACGACGGCAAGGAGCACAAGGGCGCCGACAUGGGCUUCCUCGGCUCGGCGGGGCGGGACCCGCUCUUCUACUCUCACCAUGCCAACGUCGACCGCCUCUGGCACCUCUGGUCCACCAAGCUCGGCGGCGCCGGCUGCAACGACCCGGAGUGGCUCGACACCAGCUUCGUCUUCUGCGACUUCGUCGACGGCACAGACGACAUGAGGCUCGUCCGAAUCCGGGUCCGUGACGUCCUGGACACGGCCAACCUUGGGUACACGUACGCGGAGCCGGACAAGGAGACCGGCUACAAGGACUGGGUGGACAGCAAACCGACCCGACGCCUGCCGCCGGUGUCGGCGGCAACGCCGGUGACGAAGUCGGAGCCGCCGACCUUCCCGAAGACGUUGAAAGUCGGCGAGAACGUGGUGAUCGAGUCCGUGCCGCGGCAGAAGAAGCCGGGCGGCGGGAAGGAAGUGCUGGAGGUGCUGGUGAUCGAGGGCAUCGAUUUCGACCCCGGCCAGAACUCCAAGUUCGACGUGGCCAUCAACGCGCCCUCGGAGAAUGCCAAAGAUGUGGGGCCGCGGUACGUAGAGUACGCCGGGAGCUUCGCCGGCGUGAGGGCCGCCAAGGAGAAGCCCGGCGACCGACGGGCGGGGGUCCUCGCCGUCCCGAUUGACGACGUGCUCGCCGACGUCGGGGUGGGCGACGGGGAGCCCGUGAGCGUCGUGAUCGUGCCCCGCGAAGGGGAUGUCAAGAUCACCAGCGCCCCGAGGAUCGAGUUCCAGGCCUACUGCUAAACGUACGGCCUACUGCUAAACGUACGUACGUGCCACCGCCCCCACCGUGGUCACCGGUCGGCAACAGAAUUGUAUUAAGAGCUCAUUUUGUUAAGAAAAUUGUAAUAAACACUAUGGUUUAAAUGGAAUUAAAAUUGAAUGCGGCA